AUUUAUAGGGUUCACAUACGAAUGGAUGAUUUGCUAACUGCAGCGAUAUGUGAAGCUGGUUUAGAAGAAUUUUUGUUGGCACCGGAAAUCACUGGUGAGGAAGUGGAAAAGACAUCCGGAAAUGAUGUGUCAAUUCGGCAAGUUCAUACCGAUGAUCAAGCGAAUUCUUUGGCGGAAUUUUCAUCUGAAAAAGGAAAAGCCGAAUCAAAAGAUAGGAAACAACAUAUAGAAAUAUUAAGUGAUGGUUGUUUAACUCUACCUUCAUGUUCACAUACCGAUUCUGGAAGCAACUCUCGGUCGGAUACGCCGUGUGUUGAUGAUCCCUCAAAUAGCAUCACCGAAAAUGCAUCCCCAGCAGCCAUCCAACAACAGUUGGUUGAAGUCAUUGGAACGGUUGAAUUACCGAGUGAUAUGAGUUUUGGCAAUGUUAAACGGACAAUUUUAUCACAACCUGGAAGUACCGGCAAGUUACCGGAUGGUGGAAGCAACGUGUUCCGUUUACGACGCCCAGUUACAUCAACACAGCAGCGAUUGCAGCCAAACAAUGUGACGCCAGUCAGGAACGUAGGAACAGCGCGACCGACAGUAAAAGUAUCACAUGAAAUGCGUCGAGCCGUCAGUGAAAUUAGCGAUGACAAUGAUGUUGAAAUUAUCGGGGGAGCAUCGUGCAUGGGUGGUGCGUCUUGGAACUUACCACGUCGCGUGGUAGUCAUGCAGCAACGUCCCAAAAAUGGUGUGAUUUACGUUCGUCAACGUAACUGGGACAUUAUACCACGGCGUAUUGCACCUACGCGUACAGUCUUGAGCCGAAAUGGUAAUGGAACAUUUGCUCUACGUGGUAGUCGCAUAAUUCGCCCAGUUUUCCGAUCAGAUCGAUCAACUCCUGUAUUCUUGCAACGAAGCAGUACACCAUCGGGAUGCAUUGAAAGAGAUCCAGUGAACGUUUUGCAAGAAACGGGGCAUCAGUAUUUGCCUUCAGCGGCAUUACGACCAAACAGCAUAUCUGCAUCAAACACACAACCAAGGAUUAUACGGAAUUCAGUUUUACGCCGAACAUCUCCAGUGACUGUGCAAGGUUCUCGUCCCACUGCAGCAACAACCCGUGUGGUACCAAAUCUACAGAGGGCUCGAAGCCAUUUAGCUGGUUCUAUUGCUACUAUGAAACCUAAUGCAUCCGAUGCAUCAAAAAAUAAUUGUAAUAAUGAAAAACGACAAUUCGAUGCAACCAGUCGGAUACGUGUGCUUGGAAAUUCGAUUGAACCAAGGCUACCUGUGGGUGAAGUUUUGCGACGUAUUCGGGUAACUGAGCAAAAGCCAUCACAUGCUGAUGAAUGCCGUGGAAGGACUGCAGGUGGUAGCGGGACAUCGAAAGAUGAAGUGUUCUUUGAUAACUCACGCACUAAUGAACGUAAACUCUUGAAUCAUGUGCUGGAACAGAAAGAAAGGAAGUCAUCCGUGAGGAAUGAAAUGGAAACAGCCAUGCAGUACCGUAUUAAUCAAAAUGAUCAGGAUAUUGAUGAUGAGGAGGAGAAUUUGGGUUACGCAGAAACAUAUGCAGAUUACCGUCCAACGAAGCUUCGUUCCGGUUUAUCACAUCCGGAUAGUGUUAUCGAAACUGCAUCUUUGAGCAGUGUUGCGCCACCAGAUAUACGCUAUAAUUUGACUAUUCCGGAAGAGAUCAUCGAUACAGGUGCGAUUUCAGCAGUACAACUAGAAGCAGUAGUAUAUGCUUGUCAAGCGCAUGAGAUGCGUCUUCCGUCGAAUGAACGUGUUGGCUAUUUGAUUGGUGAUGGAGCUGGUGUGGGUAAAGGAAGAACGAUUGCUUGCAUCAUCUUUGAAAAUUACCUCUUAGGACGCAAACGAUCUAUUUGGCUCAGUGUUUCGGCUGAUUUACGAUACGAUGCCGAACGUGAUUUGAGAGAUAUCGGUGCUAAAAACAUCAAGGUUUACGCAUUAAAUAAAUUCAAGUACUCCAAAAUUGGUGGAAAGGAAAAUGAUGUCAAGAAAGGUUGCAUUUUUGCAACGUAUUCAUCACUCAUUGGUGAAUGUCGUUCAUCAAAAGGUAAAUACCGAACAAGGCUUAAACAACUAAUCCAGUGGUUUGGUCAGGAUUACGACGGUGUUAUCGUGCUUGAUGAAUGCCAUCGUGCCAAGAAUUUGGUUCCAACAUCUGGUUCGAAACCGACGAAAACAGGUAGAAGUGUUAUGGAACUGCAGAAAGCCUUACCAAAUGCCCGAAUUGUUUAUGCUUCAGCUACUGGUGCAACAGAGCCUCGAAACAUGGCAUAUAUGACACGUAUAGGGUUGUGGGGACAGGGACAAGCAUUUCGAGAAUUCAGUGAUUUCAUUAAUGCUGUCGAAAAACGAGGCGUUGGAGCUAUGGAAGUAGUUGCAAUGGAUAUGAAGCAGCGUGGCCUUUAUCUGGCGCGACAGCUUUCUUUUCGCGGUGUUAGCUUUCGGGUUGAAGAAGUGCCGUUGUCGGCAGAUUUCAUCGAAGUAUAUGAUGCAUCGGUUAAAAUAUGGCUUGAAUGUCGAAGACAAUUUCAGGCUGCUCUUUCUCGUCACUGUGUUGGUCGAGCGCAGAUAAAACUAAUUUGGGGACAGUUUUGGGCGGCACAUCAAAGAUUUUUCAAAUAUAUAUGUAUUGGUGCAAAGGUAAAAUCAUGUGUCAAGAUAGUGCGUGAUGCAAUAAAAGCCAAUAAAUGCGUUGUGAUUGGUUUACAAACUACCGGUGAAUCGAAAACACUGGAAGCACUUGACGAUGCUGGUGGCGAAUUGACGGAUUUCGUAUCUACUGCCAAAGCGGUGUUGGCGAGGCUUAUAGAAAAACAUUUCCCAACGGAAAAUGCGAAUUCUUCAAUGGAUGUAUAUACCAAUUUCGACAAAUUGUGCAAUGAAUUAGACCGCCCAGCUAAACGCAAAUUGGAAAAAUUGGGAUCUGUGAAUUUAUCAGCCUUUGGUUUACCUGCAAAACGAAUGAAACAAAGUUCCGCAGAACAAACAGAUGAGGAAGAACAGGCUGAUUCGGAUGGUACCGAAUCAUCAGCUCUAGAAGAUAGUUCGCUAUCAACGGAAAAGGAAGAAGAAUCAUCUAGUGAAGAGGGAGAGCCAUCAAAUGGAGCCAUCCAAGGUGACGAAGAUACCUGGUUGCAAAGAUUAUUGGAUGAGGCAAAAAGUUCAGAUGAGGAAUCAGCUGAAGGAAAAAGUGGCAGUGAAAAGGAAAAAGAAAAAAGUGAUGAGGAGGAAUUGAAUCCAUUUACUUGUGAUUUGGCUAGAGCAAGUUAUCUCGGACUCACCGAAGAAAAAAAAAUUAAGAAAAAGAAGUUGAAAAAAAAGCAGAAGAAAUCCACGACUAGUAAGAUCGAUUCUACAGCAAUGCGUAGUACUGCCGAUGUUUUCAUGUCAUCAUCGCGUCUGGUAAGCGAUGAGGAUCUUACGCUUGGUGAAACUUCACUAAUCAAAGCAGAGCUGCUAGCUGCUGUAGAGCGUCUAAGUCCCCGACUGCCACCAAAUACACUUGAUCAGUUGAUCGACGAAUUGGGUGGUCCUGAUUAUGUUGCUGAGAUGACGGGUCGUAAAGGUCGUGUUGUAUGCCGUGAAGAUGGAGAUGUUGAAUAUGAACUUCGACAUGCGGGGGCAGAUGUGCCGCUUGAAUUAAUGAAUAUGGAUGAAAAAGAUAAAUUUAUGAAAGGCGAAAAAUUAGUUGCUGUAAUUUCAGAGGCAGCAUCUUCCGGUAUCUCAUUGCAAUCAGAUCGAAGAGCUGCAAAUCGUCGACGUCGCGUACAUAUCACGUUGGAAUUACCUUGGUCAGCGGACAAAGCUAUUCAACAAUUUGGGCGUACACAUCGUUCAAAUCAAGUGAGUGCACCGGAAUAUAUAUUCUUAAUAUCCGAACUUGCUGGUGAAAAAAGGUUUGCAUCAAUUGUUGCGAAACGGUUGGAAUCUCUCGGAGCGUUAACGCAUGGUGAUCGUCGUGCAACAGAAUCACGUGAUCUAAGUCAGUUUAAUUUGGAUACGAGGUAUGGUCGAGCGGCUUUAGAUGUAUUAUUGCGAACGGUUACUGGAUUGCUCGACCCCCCGCUUAUACCACCACCGAAGGAUUAUAAGCCUGGAAACUUCAUCACUGAUAUGCAGUGUUAUAUGGAAGGUGUUGGUUUGCUGUCACUGGAUAAUGGUGUAUAUACAAUUGAAAAAGAAUCUGCAACCAUACCGAAAUUUCUGAAUCGUCUUCUUGGCUUACCAGUGCACGCACAAAACGCACUUUUCCAGUACUUUUCCGAUAUCGUUGCUGAAUUGGUUGCACAGGCAAAGCAUGAUGGGACAUAUGAUAUGGGUAUUAUGGACCUUGGAAUGGGUGGUGAUGAAGCACGUAAAUUGGAAACUCGUAUAUUCAUGGGACACUAUGAAAGUGGAUUUUUCCGAGUCGAGAUUCACAAAAUUGGUGUGGAACGCGGUGUAAGUUGGGAGGAUGCUUAUGCAAUUUGGAAAGAUCAUCAUGAAGAUCAGGAUGGAUUUUAUCUGGCAUCAGUUGGUAAUAAUGGGAAGAAGACUGCAGCUCUUGUUUAUGGUAUCGGCAAGAAACGUUUGGAUACGGGUGCGCGCCUUUUCUGCAUAACACGACCAAGCACAGGUCGAAGUGCAAAACUGGAAACAAUCGAUGAGCUAACAAAACGUUUUUAUCUUGCUACUCCGGAAGAAACUGAACAAGUUUGGAAAGAUCUGUUUGAAGGUUCAAACAAGACCUGUCAGCAUAAUUAUUUUCAUGGCCGUUGCCGGAACGAAGCGAUGGGUGUAUACUGUGAAACCGGACGACGGACUCGGACUUACUUUGUUCUUUCUGGUUCGGUGCUCUCGGUAUGGCCGAUCGUCGAAGAAGUAUUGUCCGGUGGUAUGUCGACUCGAGAAAUCAAACGAUCACAGCGGAUGCAGAUAAUUCGUGUCAGAACACCUCAAGAUCAUAAAAUUGUUGGGUUAUUAGUUCUGCCACAAUAUGUACGAACACUAGUUGCGCGUUUCGAGAAACACUGUGGUGGUUGUGUGGAAUCGAAAUCAACAAAUACUUUAAACUAA